CUGGUCCCUGGCUCCCCAAGGGAGGGGCUGCUGAGCUUUGGGAGACCUCAUGAAAAUCCAGCUUAAGGCCAUCAAAAGACAAAAUGACAACACAUUUAGUUAUAGAUCAAAUUGGCUUCUAUUCAUGAUUCGUGAAUCUGGACAGUCUCCAUUCUACAAAAUGGAGUGAGAGCUCCCACCAGGCAGUGGCGGAGCAGGGGGUUCGUAAGGCAGAAAGGAGGAAACAGAAAAAUAGGAAACACCAAACCGCCUAAUACCGGAUCGCUGCAGACUGCUUUUUUCUAAGCGGACUGCUUUUUUCUAAGGGAGAUUCUUACAAAGGGUGAGAGAGGCACAGGCGUGGUUUGCCUUUGACCACUGGCAGAAGUCUGAAGGUGAGAGUAGAAUGGAGAAGGACCCAGGAGAGUGCGGAGUUGAGGGAGAUAAAUAUUUGCAGGCUACUUAGCAAAACACCCAGAGCUGACCUUUGUCAAGUACUUUCUGUGGGCACAACAGCAAAUGUUUUAUGCAGCGUGAUGUCAUUUAAUCCUCACAAUGACACCAGGUGCCAUUAGCAUCCCCAUUUCACAGAUGAGGAAACCGAGGCAGAGAAGGAUGGACCCCCUUGAGGACACGCUGCGGCGACUGCGGGAGGCCUUCCACGCGGGGCGCACGCGGCCAGCUGAGUUCCGGGCUGCGCAGCUCCGAGGCCUGGGCUGCUUCCUGCAAGAAAACAAGCAGCUUCUGCACGACGCACUGGCCCAGGACCUGCACAAGUCAGCCUUCGAGUCGGAGGUGUCUGAGGUUGCCAUCAGCCAGGGCGAGGUCACCCUGGCCCUCAGGAACCUCCGGGCCUGGAUGAAGGACGAGCAUGUGCCCAAGAACCUGGCCACGCAGCUGGACUCCGCCUUCAUCCGGAAGGAGCCCUUUGGCCUGGUCCUCAUCAUUGCACCCUGGAACUAUCCCCUGAACCUGACGCUGGUGCCCCUCGUGGGUGCCCUCGCUGCAGGGAACUGUGUGGUGCUGAAGCCAUCAGAGAUUAGCAAGAAUGUCGAGAAGAUCCUGGCCGAGGUGCUGCCCCGAUACCUGGACCAGAGCUGCUUUGCUGUGGUGCUGGGCGGGCCCCAGGAGACGGGGCAGCUGCUGGAGCACAGGUUCGACUACAUCUUCUUCACAGGGAGCCCUCGUGUGGGCAAGAUUGUUAUGACUGCUGCCGCCAAGCACCUGACACCUGUCACCCUGGAGCUGGGGGGCAAGAACCCUUGCUACGUGGACGACAACUGCGACCCCCAGACCGUGGCCAACCGCGUGGCCUGGUUCCGCUACUUCAACGCUGGCCAGACCUGCGUGGCCCCCGACUACGUCCUGUGCAGCCCCGAGAUGCAGGAGAGGCUGCUACCCGCCCUGCAGAGCACCAUCACCCGUUUCUAUGGCGACGACCCCCAGAGCUCCCCAAACCUGGGCCGCAUCAUCAACCAGAAACAGUUCCAGCGGCUGCGGGCAUUGCUGGGCUGCGGCCGCGUGGCCAUUGGGGGCCAGAGCGACGAGAGCGAUCGCUACAUCGCCCCCACGGUGCUGGUGGACGUGCAGGAGACGGAGCCUGUGAUGCAGGAGGAGAUCUUCGGGCCCAUCCUGCCCAUCGUGAACGUGCGGAGCUUGGACGAGGCCAUCGAGUUCAUCAACCGGCGGGAGAAGCCCCUGGCCCUGUACGCCUUCUCCAACAGCAGCCAGGUGGUCAAGCGGGUGCUGACCCAGACCAGCAGCGGGGGCUUCUGUGGGAACGACGGCUUCAUGCACAUGACCCUGGCCAGCCUGCCUUUUGGAGGAGUGGGUGCCAGUGGGAUGGGCCGGUACCAUGGCAAGUUCUCCUUCGACACCUUCUCCCACCAUCGCGCCUGCCUCCUGCGCAGCCCGGGGAUGGAGAAGCUCAACGCCCUCCGCUACCCGCCGCAAUCGCCGCGCCGCCUGAGGAUGCUGCUGGUGGCCAUGGAGGCCCGAGGCUGCAGCUGCACACUGCUCUGAGCCCUUCCCCAGGCCCAGGCUGUAGACCACCAUGACAGCUGUCGCCUGCGGCUGGUGGAGACGGGGCCUGGGCUCCCGGGCCCGAGGAGGAAAAGGAUUGCCAAGGCUCCAGGGCACCCCUCAAAGCAGCGCCUGCCUCCUCCCUCCUGGGUCUUCCCUCUCCCUGCCUCAGCCUCCUCCCUCAGCCGCUCCCAACCAUGAGAGCCGAGGUGGGAGGCAUGGGAAACAGUGCAGUGACCCAUCCCCUGCCCCCGCACCAACCACCCAUCUUCAGGAGAAGAGGACAGACACGGCACCUCUGAGUCACCCCUCUCCUGUGGAGCGGGCGUCCGAGGGGCCCUGGCAUCUGACUCAGGCCACACCAUGGAAUCACUGCAUCCAAGGCCAUUCCUGCCCUCUCUGAGUCUCAGUUUCUCCAUUUGUUCAGUGGAGAGAAUUAACCAUUGAUACCUCCUGGCUGGGUGAGGUGGCUCACACCUGUAAUCCCAGCACUUUGGGAGGCCGAGGCGGGCGGAUCACCUGAAAUCAGGAGUUCAAGAUCAGCCUGGCUAACAUGGCGAAACCCCGUCUCUACUAAAAAUACAAAAAUUAGCCCGGCGUGGUGGCGCAUGCCUGUAAUCCCAGCUACUCAGGAGGCUAAGGCAGGAGAAUCGCUUGAACCCGGGAGGUGGAGGUUGCCGUGAGCCGAGAUUGCGUCACUGAACUCCGGCCUGGGUGACAGAAGGAGGCUCUGCCUUAAAAAAAAAAAAACAAAAACCUCCUGGGACUGUUGCAAGGAUGAAAUGAAGGAUUGAGGGAUUGAGGGAUUGCUGAGCCGGAGCUCCAGGUGUCCUAUCUUUCUUGGUGGGGUGGCACGGAGCGGGGCCGCCUCCCUCUUCUCUCCAGGCAGGUGGGGCUGUGGUUAUGCGAUAGGGUCUCCCUUCCCUCCGGCCCAUGCCAGAGGAGCUUGUAACUCUUUAUCCUCAUGGUGCCCACUACGAGUCAUACUCUUCCCCAUGCUGCUCAUCCUCCUGGGCCCCAUCCACUCAGCCAAAGCAGAAUGCAGGAUUUCCUGCCUGACAACCCUUCUCACCUCCCAAGUCCCACUUUUGAACAAGCUGAUGAUUCUGAAACUGGCCCAAUUUCCUAACAAGCCGGAUGCUUGAGAAACCUACAUUUGGACAAUGAGAGGCAGCUCCUGCGGCCUGCGGGCCACCUCCUCUUCCUUGGCUCCUGCUUUCUUUUCAGACUAUAUCAACCUACAACUUUAGUCGGGAAGGGGGACAGGGGUGGACCUGAGUUUCGUCUCCUGUCUCUCUGGCUGAUGUCACCUGAAUAAAGCCUUCUUCCCUGGCAAUA